AUGGCGUCCCAAAUUAUCCGUGAGUGGUCUGGAAUCAAUACAUUCGCUCCUGCUACCCAGACUAAGUUGCUUGAACUGUUGGGAAAACUUAAGCAAGAGAAUGUGAACUCCUUGACUAUACUUGUGAUGGGAAAAGGUGGUGUUGGAAAAUCUUCAACUGUCAACUCCAUCAUUGGGGAAAGGGUGGUUUCGAUCAGUCCUUUCCAGUCGGAAGGGCCAAGACCUGUGAUGGUGUCACGAUCAAGGGCUGGUUUUACAUUGAACAUUAUUGACACUCCUGGUCUCAUUGAAGGGGGAUACAUCAAUGAUAUGGCACUUGAUAUAAUAAAACGUUUCCUUCUGAACAAGACCAUAGAUGUGCUGCUUUACGUGGAUCGCUUGGAUGUGUAUAGAGUGGACAACUUGGAUAAAUUAGUUGCCAAAGCUAUAACAGAUAGUUUUGGCAAAGGAAUAUGGAACAAGGCUAUAGUAGCACUCACACAUGCCCAGUUCUCUCCACCAGAUGGCUUGCCUUAUGAUGAAUUCUUCUCUCAAAGAUCUGAGGCUCUCUUGAAGGUUCUUAAGUCAGGCGCUAGGUUAAAGAAAGAAGCCUUUCAGGCUGCUUCUAUUCCUGUUGUUUUGGUUGAGAACAGUGGGAGAUGCAACAAGAAUGAUAGCGAUGAAAAGGUUCUUCCAAAUGGGACUGCAUGGAUUCCCCAUCUAGUCCAAACAAUCACAGAAAUUGCAUUGAACAAAAGUGUGUCUAUUCAUGUUGACAAGAAUUUGAUUGAAGGGCCAAAUCCGAAUCAAAGAGGAAAAUUAUGGAUUCCUCUCGUGUUUGCUCUCCAAUAUUUCCUUAUUAUGAAGCCAAUAAAAGGACUGAUCGAGAGGGACAUUGCAAAUGAGAGAAAGCCGGCAUGGGAGAGACGUGAUGCUGCAUUUCGGAAGAGAGAUUUUUAUUAG